AACCCAGGAGAAGGCAGCGCCUUUGAUGAAAACAAAUAAAACUCCUCCAUUGUAGGACACAUGACUGCGGUUCGAAUGUCUUACUAAAUGCUCUUACAGUGUUUAUGGUAUAAAGCUAUAUCGACUAUCUUAGCCUACUGUCUGAAUGAGGUUUAUUCAUGAACUCAAGCACUCUGAUAAGGAUUUUGUUUCUAGAGAACAUCUCGUGAACUUUGGUUAGAGUCAUUCCCGCACUGCUGAGCUGCUUAAAUACACCGAAUCGACGCAUCCACAAUAAACGCUUAGAACAUGGCCAAGCCGCUCUCGUGCCCGUUGCUUUCGGUUUGUCCACUUCGCUGUAUGGUGGAUGAACGGUUCGACGUGCGCGUGCAGGGUUUACUGCCCGGUGUCCGAGUCACGCUGCACGCGCAGCUUCAGUCCGAGGAUGGAGAUUAUUGGGAAGGUUUUGGUCACUAUGUUAGUGAUGACUCAGGAACAGUCACAGUAUCUAAAGAUGCCAGUCUUGGUGGAUCAUAUAAGGGAGUUGAGUCCGUGGGUCUGCUGUGGAGUAUGAAGCCGAUUCCUGGAAGCAGGACAGGCCUCAGAUUUCGGAAGAAAUAUGUCUACACGCCAAUGGAUGUCCACAUAUCUGUGUAUAAAGAUCACUUAAAUGAUGGAUUCCGGGAGAAACCUCCUGUAGCUUCUGUCCUGGCACAGAGGUGGUACACCGCUCCGGGAAUCCAGAGGGUUAAUGUUACUGAAAAAGGGUUGAAGGCGACACUUUACAUCCCAACAGGUCCUGGUCCUUUUCCUGCUGUACUGGACCUCUGGGGUGGAGGUGGGGGUUUAGUUGAGUAUCGCUCUGCUCUACUAGCAUCCAGAGGUUAUGUCGCAUUAGCACUGGAGUAUAUUGGACGAGUAGAUGCUGCUGGAAAGCCUUACCAAGUGAACAACGAGUACUUUGAGGCAGCCUAUACUGUGCUGAAGCAGCAUCCACAAGUUUGUCCUGAUAGAAUUGCCAUUCUGGGUUUGUCUUUUGGUGUGUCUGUGACCCUGGGCAUGGCAGCAUACUCCUCAGUGAUAAAGCCCCAGUGUGUGGUGUGUGUUAGUGGAAGCCACAUCCUACCUGUCAACGGAUCAUUGGCUGAUGUCUUUGCUGAGAUCAAAAAAAAUGUCCAAAACACCCGCUAUGAUGAGGAAAAGAGGAUCAUUUGGCGAGAUCUCUUGCUGCCAAUACCUGAUGAUCCUUCAAAGAAAGUUGAAAUGGGUCGUAUCAAGUGUCCCAUUUUACUGAUUGUUGGGGAGGAUGAUCAAAACUGGCCGGCUAUGGAGUCUGCAGAAGAUAUGAAGCAGAUGAUGGAACGAGCAGGUAAUAGCCAUCUGCUGUCUGUUCUGUCCUACCCUGGAACUGGCCAUCUCAUUGAGCCUCCUUACAGUCCACACUGCAGAGCCAGCAACUUUAUGUUGGAAGAGACAAGGAAAAAAGUGGUAGUGCUGUGGGGUGGACAAACAGAGCCUCACUGUCACGCUCAGGAGGACUCCUGGCACAAAACCCUGGCCUUUCUGGAGCAGCAUCUCUACAGGAACACGAGUCAUUAACAUCAAAUAUCAAUCACAUCGAGUCUGAAUGCAGUUUAUUGGAGAGUAAAUCUGAGGUAGUGAGAACUGCAGCAUGGGGCAAAUGAAUUCCUUUUCACCAGCAGAUGGAAAGUACACAAAUAUAAAUGCAAACAAACAGAAACAUGUAUUUUUUCCAAGUGAGCCUGUAAUCCUUCACAGUUUUAAUAAUAAUAAUCUCAAAAUCUUUUAAAAUCUUUUCAAAUGAUUGCAUAUUUUGCUAUGCAUGAUUAAACAUAAUGAUACUGUUAUUGGACUUUCAUUUAUAAAAGAGUGAUUCAUAGAUGUUGUAUAUUUGUCUGUAAAAUUUGGAAUAAACAUCU